AUGGACAGCGCAAGGGUCACCAAAUUGCUGCAGAAUGAGCUUUUGACGAUUGAAAAUGCAAUUAAAUCAGACUCGGUCAAUCAUUCAACCGUCCAAGCUGCCAAAAACAUCAUCGAACUCGUCGAAAGCCGAGCUGGAGCAUCUGGAGAACAAGUUCAGUCCCUCAUCAGAAUCGUAGCCGCCUAUUGCCAUCUCCUCGCAAACGAUGAGCCCGUCUUUGUCGCCGAAAAUCCCAGGCAAAAGCUCAGAAAGCUCAUGCUUGAAACCAUCUCCCGGCUGCCCACUCAAGAAUCAGUGAUAAAACGAAAUGAGCGUGAGAUUUCUUCGAUGUGUUUCCAGCUGAUCAAAAAAGACAACGAAGACAACGCUUCGAUCGCGCUGAAAAUCCUCAUCGAUCUUUACAAGAAUUGCCGGCCGCCGAUUUCCAGCGAUGUCCGAGACUUUCUCAUUACUGUUCGAAUGAUGUACCAGUCCUUGCCCGGCUCAAUGGAGCAUUUCUUCGAAAACCCUCCAAAGUACGUCCCUGGACAAACGCCGGAUGAAACCAAAAUUGGCUUUCUGACCAAGAUGACUUACCGGGUAAACGCUCACAAUCAAAUUGUCAAUAGUGGUGGAACUCUGACGACAAGAACCUACAUUCCCAAAGCUCUGAAUUCAUUGGUAGUUCUGAUUGAAGCUCCAAUAGCUGUGGUUUUGAUGUAUCAACUUUACCGCGAAAGACUUGAUGAUCUUUUCCAACUUAUUUCAGCCGUCCUGGCUCUUUCUCCGUCUCCACAAGCCAUAGCUCGGCCAGAUUUCAGAAGAGAACUUUAUGUUAAUCUUAUUGGCGUACAGAUCAAAAGCUUAUCCUUGGUUGCGUAUUUCGUCAAGCUCUUCCCCCAAAACAUCAUGCCAUACUCACGUGAUCUGCUUCUGGGACUUUUGCGGACACUGAAAUCUUGUCCUUCUGAAAAAGCUGCUUAUCGUAAAGAGCUCAUCAUCGCAGUCCGUCAUAUCUCAAAUACAGAGCUGAAACAAGCGUUCAUCCCCCACCUGAAAGAAUUAUUCGACGAUCAGAUUCUCUUUGGCCAAGGCUUGACCGUUCGCGAGCAUAUUCGUCCGCUCGGAUAUCAUGUCAUUGCAGAGCUUGUUCAUCAAUUGAGGACGAUGCUUCCCUAUGAAAUCAUCUCAGCAGCGGUUUUUACUUACAUGACGAAUUUACACGAUGAUACUCUGCAACUAGGCGCUCAUGUAUUUUCCGCAAAAUUAGUGGUUACCCUUAUCGACUGCAUCCGUCAAUCAAAAGAUCCAUCUUUGACACAAAAAGAAGCAAGAAAAUUGUUGAUGAAAAUUAUGAAUGUUUUCACUGAUCGCCUCGUCUCAAUGGCAAACUAUGAUCUCAUCUGCAUCCGAAAAUCGAAACCACCAAAAGACGAGGAAGAGCGUCGGCAAAUGGAAGCGACUUUUCAGGAAAACAAGCAGCUUCUUAAACUGCUCGUCUGUGGGGCAAAAAUGGUCACAAUCUAUUUAUAUAGUCAUCGUAUCAACGAAAUGAACAUACACAGUCGUCUACCAGACUUUGGUCCAUCCGAACGUCAACUCUACAACAAAUUCGGCGUCAAUGUCUUGAAGUCAGUUGAUAUUUACACUUUGAGCAGCGUGGGUAAAUCGGACAAGGAUCUCAAAGACACUCUGGAGUACUUUGCCAAUACUUUUCUGAACCUCCCACUACCGGCCUUCAAAAUCGUUAGCAGUGAUAUCAUGGAAUUUCUGAUCGAUCGAAUGCAUGAAAAUCCUCUUCUUCAUCACGUGGCACAUCCAAUUCUCACAAGACAGCACUACUCGUUUGAGUUUUCGUCGAUUCUCGUGAAGCAUGCAAUUGCAAAGAUGCCAGAAAUGGGCAAUCCUGGAAAACGUUCAGGUCUCUACCUUCUUCUUUUCAAACAGCUGUUCGGAACAGUCAUUCAUUUGCGCGGCGAAAACGAAGAAAUGCUCAGACCUCAUCUCGAACAAAUCGUCAGCGGAGCCUUGAAACAUGCUGUUCACGCCAAGGAUCCUCAGAAUUUUUUCAUGCUGCUUCGAUCCCUCUUUCGAUCGAUUUCCGGCGGUGUUCAUGAAAAACUUUACCAAGAGUUUCUCCCGAUUCUUCCGAAACUCCUUCGAGCAAUGAAUCAUCUACAGGCUGAGCUGCAUUGGCCAGACAUGCACGAUCUUUUCAUCGAGCUCUGUUUGACCGUCCCUGUCCGUCUUUCUUACCUGCUUCCUUUGAUGAAUGAACUGAUGGAGCCUCUGGUCGAGGCGCUCAAAGGCGGUCCAACAUUGAUCUCUCAGGGUCUCCGAACAUUGGAGCUCUUCGUCGACAAUCUCCAACCAGACUUCUUGCAAGAAAAGAUUCGACCUGUUCGGCCUCAAAUGAUGCGAGCACUGUGGGACAUCAUCAAUCGCGAUGAUAUCAUUCGAUCGAGCAAGGAGAGGGAAAACUGUUGCACAGCAGCAUUCCGAAUUCUGGGAAAAUUCGGUGGCGAGAACAGGAGCUCGCUGAGAGAAGCCCCUCAAUUGGAAUGGGUUGACUUCAACAAGGCCUUUUCGCAAAUCAUGGUGAUGGAAUUCAGCGACGUGAAGAUGGAAAUUCCUCUUGAAAAAUUAGCUGAAAGCGCGUUGGAGCUUCUUGGGUCAAAAGAAUCAAACGAUUUCACCCGUCGAUCUUGUGUUCAAUUACUUGUUCUUAUCCUUACCUCUUUCAUCGAAAAAGAACAGCGGGAAAUCACGGACCAAGUCAAGUACAAUCUUUUCUUCACCAAAGCGAAUGAUCUUUUCCGGCAAAAAGAGACAGCGAAGCUUUUCAAAUGUGGCAAAAACAUGGACAUUCCCGAAAAUCUAAUCAGAAAGACCAUCCAAGGGCUAAUUUACAGUCUCCAGUUCGAAGAUUCUUCGAUCUCCGAUGUCGCUCGAUUCCACAUUGAAACGUUGAUCCGCCACUUAGUCAUUGCUGAUUGCGGUUUUUACGUAUCUCCAAUGAGUGAGCUACCGUUGAUGAAUGAUCAGAACAGCAAGAUGGUCUACAUUGUCGAAGCGAUCGUGAAUACAUUUGAGCUACAGGAGUGCAACAUCGAUGUCAUUUCCUCUGCUGUGUUCAGUUUGGUAAAAGUCGCUUAUGAAACUGCUACUUUGCUGCUUGAAAAUGGAGUCAAAGUCACCAAGCUCCCAUUCUUCGUCGUCAUCGCCCGCGAACUCCAACAAGUCUGCUACGAGCGUAGCUGGUACAUCAAGUCCGCCGCUAGAAACGUCAUUGAAAAGCUUCUCGAGUACUUCCCCCUGACAUGGGUCUACGAGCACAGCUUACCGUUCUACAAGGCGCUUUUGUACAUUCUCCGAGAUUUGGAAAACGAAGUUUCUUUUUCAACCGUCGAGCUGACGCAUGCUACUCUUUGGAAACUCAUCCAACGCGUCUUUCUUGACGAUUCGAAAAACAUCAACCCUCAAGAUACGAAUUUGGCCAGAGAAUCGCUUCUGAAGGCGAUGGUUGCUGAUAUCAUUUCUCCCUUCAAAAUUGUCCGCGAUUUCUCGCAGAAGACUCUUCAACGAAUCGCUAAAGAAGCUGGAAAAGACACUUCUGAAAUCAUUCUUCAAAUCGUCGGUAAAUAUGAAACUAUUCUUGAAAUUCCACCUUUCCAGCUUCCGUCAAAAGGAAAACUCGGAAACAUGAACUACAAGGCAAUUCCAAUCCAGAUUGGUAUUCUGAACGGCUCUGCGUUUUGCCUCGGCCUGGACCCUCCUGUAUUUGCUUACAGUCCUGAGCCUACUGCUGAAUGCCAUACCUUCCUGGUCGAAACGUUCAAGAUCAUGUCCGCCGAUGAAAAUUAUAUAAACCGGGACUGUUACAAAAAGUGGAUGAUCAAGAACGAGCAUGGCUAUGAAAAUUCCCUGACUCCGCUCAGAAUUGAAGCUAUGCGUGUCAUGUCCCAUUGCUGCAACAUCAAAAAGCUCAGAGAAGACAUCUUCUCCGCUCUUUACCAAAACAUGACGCAGCUGAAAGAAAAGAAAAAGGACGAAGAGCUGAUGAAAAGCGCUGAGGCUUGUUUGGAAUUCUUUCUCGAAAAAACAAUGGCGAAGAAAGAGACUGAGAUUACGAUGGAUUUCAUUCACAGCGAAUUGAAGCCGAUUCUUGAGAAGAUUACGCCAAGAUCAUGCCCUCGAUUUGAAGAUAUGGAUUGUUACGUGAUUGAACGACUAGCAGUUCUUAGUCGAUUGUUGCCGAAAACACUCAAGUUGUAUGAUCGAUUUGCGACGCAUUUCAGGGAAACCCUAAAGCGCAUUGUCGAAACAGUCCAUCAAAGUCGCUCUCAUACCGAUCUGCUAAAAAUGGCCGUAGCAACUGCGGAAGUCUUCCCACUUGGCCAAAUCAGUGAGAACUCUGCAGCAAAUCUAGAGGCACUGAUGCAGCUUAUCAUUGAUACAGAAGAAGAGCUUGGAUUUUAUUUGGAAGAAGUGCACGCUCACCUUGCGAUGUUCUUCUGCAAGGUGAUCAAAUUUGACUCACAGAAAGCGUAUGAAAAUCUUCUUUCGAUGGAAAAACUUGCUCAUCCUGGUUGGACCCGGCUCAUUGGCCAGUUUCUAGCAUUCGACAAAGAAAGGGUAUUGCAUGAAGCUCUUAUUUUUACUACUUCAAACAUAAUCGACAAGACCCUCCAGCAUGGGAAGAUCGAUAGGCUAGACAAGAGCUCCAUCAUCCUCUAUCAUGUGAUCCAGCUAAUUGAGAAGAUCAGUCAGUCGAUUAAACUAUCAGAUGAAAAGCUCCAGCCUCUCAUUAAAAAGCUCGUGAAUGUGUGGAACACAACAUGGCUGAAUAACAAGAUCCAGAAUACGUGCCCAACCGAAGAUUACAGAGAAAUUGUGUUGAUCGCCGACAUUUUUCUCCGCGCCGUCAAAGAAUGUCAUCGAGAUACGAUCAUCCUUUUUGAGCUUCAGAAAGUGUUUCAAAUUCGGAACAUGUGUCAAUUCAGUGAAGUGAAGUUUUGGCUCAAAAAUGAAAUGCCAAGAAGCUUUUCAGCGGAAGAUCGACAUUUUGUUCUCCGGCAGAUCUUUGAAAACUGGAAUAAGAAUGAUUUCUCAGAGCGUGUUAAAGCUGAUAUCAUGGAAAACAUUGCCAUUCCACUGUUGGUACAGAGCCGGGAUGAUAAGUCGCUCGAGAGAGUGCUUGGUCAACCAGGGCGAUACGAUCUCGUAGGAAUAGCGGUGGCUCAAGUUGUCGAGUGGAAUCCUGAUGCUAGUGAUCAUGUUAAAGUCUCUGUUUUGCAUCUUCUCCAAUUCCUCGUCCAGAACUGCUACAGCUACAUUCAGGACAGCAACGACCCUACCGAGAGAUUCCGCAUCAGCAGAAUCACCGAGUACAGUAGCCCAUGCAUUGCCUCUGACGCUACUUCAAUGGAACCUUUUACCAAAUUUAAUGGACAUCUUCUCCUUGCCAUGAUUGCUAAAAACUUCAACGUCGAUCGAGCAGUAGUCCUUGAUCUUUAUGAAAGAUUGCUCCGCGCUUUUGGAAUGCAUUCGAAAAUUCUAGUCGACCAAGCGCUUGAUAUUCUUAUUGGAAAAUUGUCCAAAGACGGUCGAAUGGAUGACGUGGCAGCUGUGACGAGGAGAAUUCUCGUCGAAGAAUUUCAAAUACUCCGUGCUUCUGCUCAACUCAGCCAUGUUGUAGGUCUCAUCGAGCGGCACUCAGACACGUUCUUUGAGUGCAAAGAUAAAUCUGGACUCGUCGGGGUGAUGGUGCCGAAUAUGAGUCGCUUGUCGAGCAGCAAUUUCAGCGAACAACGAUGUCUUGCAGUAAAACUCGGAGCGAUGCUUAUCAACUGGCAGAAACGCUCACUAGAAUCUCCUAAUCCAGUUUCAAUCGUGGAAAAGAAACAUGCCGAGACCAUCAUCAGUUUCCUCAUAAGAAUCAUGAAUCAGUACUUUAGUACCGUCGAGCAAAGCGGAGCUUCAGCAGAAAUAAUCAACAAAUGCAAAGGCGUUUUCAAGACAAUUUACGAAAAUAAUCUCUGGGAAAACAUCCCUCUCCGCCUUCAAGUGAUCGAAAAAUGUUUCGAAUCAAUCGACGGCUCCGAGCAAAAGUCAUCUGAAGCAGUUUCAGCAAUGAUGACCCUCAAAGAGCUCGUCCAUAUUGUUCCGAACUCGAUAAAUGAGGUCCUCGCUAUGCAAGACACACUCAUCAACUUAAUUUGCAAGGCUGACCUUCGAAUUUAUGCUGGACUCAAGAAUUUGCUAAAAGAAAUCGUAUCGAAAUACGGCUCUCAUCCCAAUCUUCAGCCAAUGAGAGAAACAAUUUCUCAUCAACUGAAUGAAGGGUUCAGUCAAUGCGAGAACUCUGCAGAUCCCAUUCCUGAAAUGCGAAGAUACCUUAUCCUUGUUGAUUCCUGCAAAGAGCUUCCAGGCCUUGUUGAAGACGUUUCUUACAACUUGGUCAGAUUAUUUCAUCGGGUUUCGAAAGAACACCUCUCCACCAAUGUCAUGUCUCCACAGAACCCGAGGAAUGAUGAGAGACAAAGUGGUCUCAUUCAAGGCCAGAUUCUGACAAUCUUCGAGAUUUUGCAAGGGCGGCUAAGUUCCAUCAAUACCGAAGCUAGAAAAACGUUCUUGAGCCAGCAGUCUGUUACUUCAGUAAUUCAACUGAUUGAGAGGUCUGACUCCAUUGCUUUAAUUGAAGCAAUUGUCGAAUCUACUGCUUCGUGGGUCAAAUCUGGAAUUUUGACGGCAAAAGAACGAGGGUUGAUCCUCCCGAAGCUAUUUGUUAAUUUAUCCAGACGACUUGAGGAUCUUUUCGACGAGAAGAAAAUCGAGAAGGAAAGACUUAUCAAGGUACAAGCUCGCUACUUGGACAUCAUUUUCAAUGUCUACUACGAUGAGCGGGGAACAGACGGUACUGGUAACCAGGGAGAUCUGAUACCAAAACUCGAAGGUGCAUAUCUCUGGGGAAUGAGCCAUUCUGAUCGAACGAUGCGAAUGAAAUUCUUCGAUCUCUACUCCGAAUGGGUUCCAAAUGACAUUACUCAAGCCGUCCUCUUUAUUUUCUCCACCCAAAUUUGGGAUCAACUUUCGACUAACUUCCUUCCAAUCGCCCUUGCUUUGCUUCUCAGAAGAGUCAACAAGCAAAAACCAAGUCUGCUCAGGCGAAUACCAAUUUUCCAAAGCCUCGCAACGCUCUUUGAAAGCGGAAAACUUCUCAACGACUACGACGAAGAUGGAAUUGGGCCAGAUCGGCAUCGCGAGCUGUUCAGUCGGCUGACUUCUUCGAACAAUGAGAUAAGCGAAAACUUCAAUGCUGAAAACUUGCUGGGUUGCUUAUCCGAACUGGGCUUUGCUUCUCCGAAAUUGGCAAGAUAUGUUUGGAAAUUCGUCUUUCCUUCAAUUUGGAAGGCGAUUCCAACUAAACAGCACCAGAUUGUUGGGAAGCACCUGCGCCAAUUCAUGCUUCUGUCUCACCCAUCUCAUCGAACUGAUGAUAUUGUGGCUUUCGUUGAGUCGAUUGUCAGUUUAUCUCCACCCGUCGAUCUCAAACCUUACCAUUUACGAUACCUUUCUGAGACGUAUCCCCUCCAACCCCUUGCAGCCGUCACUUUGGAAGAAACAAUCGCCAGGGAGCAGAGCCAGGGAAAAAGAGAUGUUGUCGACUUGGAGCAACCACCAGGGCAAAACGCUGCCGUCGUUCUUGCGCAAAUCUACGAUCAUCUUGGGGAGGCGACUUGGAAAACAUCUGUUUGGGAGUCUCGCUGUCAAUUUGCUGAGACUUCAAAGGCUCUUCAUUUUAUGGAACAAGCAAAAUACGAUGAUGCUCAAACAUUGCUGGAAAAAUUGAUUCACUCUGAAAAACAAAAGCAAAAUUUGUCACCAAAAGACUAUUCUGAAUACGAUCUCUGGCGCGAAAGCUGGAUCACGUGCUGCAAAGAGCUAAAUUCAUGGGAAAGUCUCUACUCGCACGCUGCGCAUCAGAAAGACACUGUACUUGCUGCCGAGUGUUGCUGGAAACUGCCGAAUACUUGGAAUAUAAUGAAAGAUGCGGUUGUUACUCUAGAACAGUCUUCAAAGAGUCAUCAAACUUGGCGAGUUCAUCUUUACAAGGGAUACCUGUCGAUCAGAAAAUGCAUUGAAGAUGUCAACAAAGAGGUCGACUUUGAUGUUGCUGUCGUCGAUAAACACUCGCGAAUGUCGGUCCUUGAAGCGAUUCGAGCUUGGAGAAAGCUCCCAAAAAUCGUCUCUUCCGCUCAUGCUCCUCUUCUCAGGGCUGCACAUCAAAUUGUGGAGCUGAACGAAGCCGCUACGAUUCAUGAAUGCCUCGGUGGAAGCCUUAUUGGCACUGAAAAAGGAAAAGAGUCAAUAAAGGACAUCGUCAAGCGCUGGAAAAAUCGUUUGCCGCUAAUUUCCGACCCCUUGUCUCACUGGUCGGAUAUUGUCACCUGGCAUCAUCAUCAAUACCAGUCGAUCGUGACUCAGUACGAGCAGAUUGGCACUGACCAGAGCAAUGUUGGAAUGCAUGCAUCAGCUACAGACUUUAUUUACUACGCCCGAAUCGCUAGAAUUCACGGACAGCUCACAUCCGCUCUUGAAAGUCUUCAACAAAUUAACCAGAUUCCUUCCGUCUCCGUCUUCGAUUGUUACAUCCGAACCAUUGAGCAGAUCAAGUGCUACUUGACGAUGAACAAUCAAGAUGAUCGCCACCUAAAAGUCAUUCAAGAAACAUCUCUUCGAUUUUUCAAGCCGCCGGAGCAAUCCGAGAUUCUUGCACUCAAAGCCAAACUUCAAGGAAAAGUCAAGUCCCCACCCCAAGAUCCUUCUUUGACAUUCUGUCAAGCCGUCCAAGUUCACGAUUCUGUCCAAGCUUGGGGUCACUGGGCCGAAUGGCUGGUGGCGGAAAAUCUUGAGAAAGCCGUGGCUAGUAAUAAAGACUGUGCUCCACACGCAGCUACUGCUCUUACAGCGUUGCUUCAAGCAAGUAGGCAGCAAGCUAGCGGUACAUUUAUGCCAAAUGUCAUUUAUUGCUUGACAUGGGACUUCACUGAACCCGUGCUAGAAGUUCUCGAUCAAAUCGCUGAUUCAGUUCCCGCCAUUCAAUGGCUGCCCUGGAUUCCGCAGCUCAUAAAUUCGCUCUGCAGACCUUGUGGACAUUCCGAACUUGCGCAAAGACGUGAAGAUCGACUUCGAACUAUUCUGUACAAAAUCGCGAAGAAAUAUCCUUUAGCAGUGUAUCUUCCAAUUAGAACAAAAUACUUGAGUGUCAAAAUGGAGAACAAACAGAAAAACAUCAACGUCGACUCUGCCACGGGCUGCUGCUGCUCAAGGCUCAUGUAUCUGCUACGGGAUGAGUUCCCUCCUUUAUUGGCGUCUACUGAAGCGAUGAUUGAAACGAUCAAGGGCAUUAGAGAAACCUGGGCGGAAAGUCUCAUUCGCCAAAUGAGAGGACUGCUCAAAUGCUGCUUGCACAUUCAAUACAGCAACACGAACUCUGUUAACGCAGCCAAAGAGCCUGCAUAUCUUGAUUUCAUCAAAUCAUUGCGCCACUCUGUAGCCGACUUCAGAAAGAACGUACAGGGAGAAGUAGCGGAUGAACAGUCAAUGAAAAAAUUCUUGGAAGAAUACCCACGUGAUCUCGGACUCCAAGCAGUGUUGGAAGAUGAAUCGAAAAUCAACAUUUCUGAAAUGGCAAAUUUGAUCCCACAAUGUUCUACAAAAUUGCGAAAGUGGAUCAGAAAGUUGGAAAAUGUCAUCAAAAAUGGAAAGAAGUACUUUUAUCUCUCUAACUGGAGAUAUAUCGACGGAGAAAUCGAAGUUCCUGGGCAAAGUUUAGAGCCAAAAGAACCAAAAACCUUCAUACGCGUUUCCAAAAUCAUUUCGAAAGGCGUCAUUCUUGACCAAUUUGAUGCGAUUGUGAAACAGAUUUCUUUCUUGGGGAAAAAUGGUCGUAUUUACAAGUUCUUGUGCUUCGUCGAUGAUCAAUUUCCGCCACAACAUGCCUCUGAGCCUCGAAGAGAGGAACGAUCGAGUCAGCUCAAGCGAGCUAUAAAUCCGAUUCUAUCAACCUCCAGGUUAACUUCUCGACGCGGACUGACAAUAGAAUCACUCAAGAUCAUCCCCCUCGGUCCUUUACAAAAGCUAGUCGAGCACAAAGAAGAUGGCGAAACUCUCUGGCAGAUUUACCAAAAAAGCUGCAUCAAGAAACAAGAUCGCGAUUCUCCCCUCAGCUCUUACUUUUCUCGAAUUUCUUCGCCUCAGAAAGAAAAUGCGCCAAGCGACAGUUUGCUGAAAGAAACCUUCUCGAACAUCACUCACUCCUACGUCCCCAAGGACAUUUUUUUCAACUGGGCGAAAUCGACCUUCCCGAGUCAUGUGGACUUCCUCGCUUUCAAGGGCCGAUUCUUGCUCUCGAUCGCGGUCCAAAGUGUUGUGUCUUACUGUUACAACCUCAACGCUGUUGCUCCUUCGCGAUGGUUGAUUGACAGAAAAACUGGAUCGUUGUUCAUCAUUGGGCAAAAGAUCGAAAGUUCAAGUCCCAAAUCAAUUCGACUAACGCCGAAUCUGAUGUCAAUUCUCACUUUCUGCGGAUCUCCUCAUGCUCUGGUCGAAGCCAUUCAAUCGACUUGUCAAUCGAUGCUUGCAGACUCGUUUGUCACCAACGGAGUCUCUAAAGCAAUCAUCAGAGACGAGGAACUCAUUGCAGAUACAAAUGCCUGGGGAAUCGCAACUCAAACCAAAGCAAAUGCGGUUGCCUUGAACCUAGAAAAAUUGAACAAGGAUGCGACAAAAAUCGUCCUUCAAGCUUCCAAUCCUGCCAUGCUCGCAAGAGCAGAUCCUUCAUUCUACCCCUGGUUAUGA